AUGCUGUCCAUUUUUGUGAUUGCAAUUCAAGGAUUCCAGUGUCCAUACCAGGUGCACAAGAUCCCAGAUGCAUUUCACCAUCUACGCACACUCAAAUACCUAAGUAUUGUAAACAGCCGAGUUGACGACUGGAAUCCAAACGCUAUGGCUAACAUUGGAGCAACAGUACAGACACUGACUUUGGAAAAUGAUGGCCUGACCAACUGGCCAUUGUGGGUUCAGUAUUUUACCCAGUUGACCCAGUUAAGCAUAACUGGAAGUUUAAUUUCUGCUAUUCCUGAUGAUGGAUUAGAUAAAUUAGCCAGCAAGUUGGAGAGACUGAUGCUCAAUAAUAACAAGCUAACAGAAGUGCCAAAGACACUUUCCAACAUGUCCGCUUUACGAUUGUUAACACUGGAUUAUAACCAAAUAGUUAACAUCACAUGGCUACCUAAAUUCAGCAUGAUAACAUUUCUAUCGCUGAGCUCAAACAACAUAGCCGAUGGUAACAUGGUGAGCAAUGCUCUCAAGCCGUAUGCAGGAUCAUUGACGGAUGUGCAUUUUAAUGAUAACAAAUUAACUUACAUACCCGAUUUUGGUUUGUUGACAGGCGUUACUGAGUUUAAUUUAACGAGUAAUGAAAUCGUCGAUCCCUUUUCUGGGACUCUGCCUCCAAACGUGAUAUAUGUAUACUUCGGGCACAACCAAUUCUCACUCAUCCCUCGUCUGUUUCUGAAUGCCAAGUCUGUAUCGGAUUUAUUCAUGCCAUCCAACAAAGUAACGAUGCUUGAUGCCAUGUACAUCCCUUCGUGGACAUCAGCAAUAGAGAUGGGUUUCAACCUCAUAUCGGAGUUAACAGACACGAGUUUCCCAGCAGGUUCAAAAUUACAGUUUCUGCGUUUAAAUAAUAAUCCGAUUGUAAAGAUAUCCAAUCAGGCAUUUGCUAAUCUUCAGCAUCUGGCAGAACUGGGUCUACAGCAAACGAGACUGACCCGGCUUCCUUUGGCCCUUGGAUCACUGACCGGUAUUGUUACGGUUGAUGUGUCAGGGUCAACAAGUCUUGUGUGUACUUGCUUGGAGAGCAGUCUGCGGUCUUGGAUUCUUACGCAGGAUUCAGAAAACUUCAUUGGCAACUGUGGUCAAAUGUCUGUUUAUGAAUUUUUUCACAAUCUUAGUCUGGGAUGUCCUGUUUAA